UUUAAAGCUGCUACACAUCAUCACGUUAUCCACACCAGAGAGCUGAAGCUGGAGCGACUGUAACCAGAGAGCAACAUCAAGAGGAAAUAUCUGCCCGACUAAGUCAUCUUCAGAAAACGACUGAGAGGAAGAAACAGCAGAAAGAUGAGUGCUGCUCAGAGUCAAACCACACUGGAGUCCCUGCAGUGCCACUUCACCUGGGACCUGGACCGCAGCAGGCCGAAACUUUUACGUCUCACAGACAAGAUGGAGGACUUCAGCACAGAGGAGGGAAAUAGAAAGCUGGGCCACAAGUACAACCUGUGGGGGUUCAUUCAGUAUAAGCUGGGGUUAAAUGAAGAGGCUAAGAGUUUGUUCCAGAAGGCUGCAGAGACCCUCAACAAGCUGAGAGAUGCAGAUGAGGGUCCUUGGUUAGUGGUGAACUACGGGAACCUGGCCUGGCUGCAUCACCACAUGGGAGAUCUAGAGGAGAGUCAGGCUUACCUGUCAAAGGUUGAUGACCUGAUGGAAAAAUACCCAUCUCCAUCCCAGGACGACCUCCAUCCAGAGAUCUACGCUGAAAAGGCCUGGACCCUGAUGUUCUUAGGAGAGGAUAGGGAGAAGGUUGUUGAUAACUACGAGAAAGCUGCCAGGAUGCAGCCGGACAUGGUGGAGUGGAACACCAGCUAUGUCAUAGAGUCAGUGAAUGUUCAUAAGAACAAAAACACAAGUCUGGACCCUGACCUCUUGGACAAAAUGAGACAAGCCAAGGAACAGGAUCCAGAGAACUUGCACCUCGCUGCUCUCUACCUUCAACAAUGUCCUAAUGAAGGAGAAAACAUUCAAGAUGAAGUCCGUGAGUUGGCUGGAAAUGUGAGCACUCUGUGCUGCAGAGGCAUGUGGGCCUUACUAAACCUUUACAUAAAAUACAUAUCUGUUGAUGACGCCAUUGAUUUGGCAGAGAAAGUUCUGAAAGAACAUCCAGAUGUGCGUUUUCUGAAGAGAUUAGUUGCAUUCUGCUACAGAUCGAAGAUAGUUUAUAAAAGCAGAAAUUACCCUGAUCCAGAACAAAGCACGGUGGACAGAGCAAUCGCUCUCCACGAGGAGCUGAUCUCUCUUUACCCUCAUGAUACACUCGAAAAGGAAACAGACCUCGCAACUAUCUAUGCAAAGUCAUGUGACAGCAAGGCCAAAGCUGAGAAGAUAUAUCAGGAACUGCUGGACAGAGAUCUGGAACCUGGAGAAAAACAGAUGCUUUACAACAAAUAUGCAGAUUACUUAUUCUUUAAUCGAAAAGACUCCCACAGGUCGACACAGUAUCACAUGAAGGCAGCAGCAAUACCAGAAAAUUCCUACUUCCGUAAGAACAGCAUCAGAAUCCUGGAGGAGAAGAAAGACAGAGGCAUAAUGUGCAGAGAAAUUGAGGAGUUUCUCAGAAACCUGCAAGAGCCAACGCAGUAAAGAUAGGGAGGCAAAUUUAGGGGGAACAAUUUUGUCCAAGCAAAAAAAAAAAAACAUCUAAUUUCUACGAAGGCGUUUUGCUUUCAUGUGGUAAUAAAGAGCAAAAGAAUCCUGAAGAAGAAUGAAAAACAGGAGGGGGCCAAUUCUGCCAGGGCAUCCAAAAAACAAGGAUAAAAACUAACUAAAAACUAAUUUCUUGUCAUUCAAAACUAUUUGAAAUAAAUUAAAGGAAGUUUUAUUUUUUAUUAUUUUCUUAAUUAUUUUUAUUUUUGGGCUUUUAUGCGUUUAUUUAGAGAUAGGACAGUGGAUAGAGUUAGAAACAGGGGAGAGAGAGAGAGAGAGAGAGAGAGAGAGAGAGCGAGAGAGAGAGAGACAGAGAGAGAGAGACAGAGUUGAGAACGACUUACUAAUUCAGGACGGAGUUCCCUUCAUGACAUCACAAAGGGCAGUAGCCCCUUGCAUCCAGAGUGGAUUGAGAACAAGAAACUUCACACACAUGUUUUGAGGAGCUCUGAGACUUAUUUAAACUGGUUGAAGAGGAGGAGGAUAUGUGAUCUUUAAAUCUUACACCCUAGCUCCUGGUAGGUGUGACGUCCUCUGUAAAACACGGUCGUCAUGGUGAAUACUUAAUGAAGAAAUGUGUGAAUUGUGAUUAUCAUGUAUUUUGCUUCUGUUGUGUUUUUUCAAUGCUGUAUUUUCAGUUUUUAGAAUUAAUGGAUUUUAUAUGAAUGUGCUUCGCUUUGGAAAUUUAAUGUCCUCAUUGUUCAUGUGAAAAUGUAUUUGCUGUGUGACCUGAAAAUUAUAUAUUAAGAUGCUCCUGUUUGCUCAAGCUAUGUUUAAGCUUUAUACCAAUAAAUGAACAGUGUGCACACCAAGAAA